AUGUCAUAUACGACUCUUGAUGUGGAACGUACAGAGAAGAGGAAGGCUUCGUUCUAUGAUCUACCGCCGGAGAUCUUGGAGUCCAUCGCAAAGAAUCUUUAUCUUCCUGAUUACUUACAUUUCCGCGCGGCUUGCUGGAGGACAUGGUCUAUAUUUGGCUGCUCAGCUCUUAUACAUAUCUUGAAAAAGAUCAAAAAGAUCUGGGCUUCAAACAACAACAAUCUGGAAAUCCCCAGCCAGGCCACUCAAGUCAGAGAAUGUCAUUAUAUAUCGCGAGGCCAUAUCUUAUCCUACACUUAUAAAAAGACUGGUUCAAUUCCAAAGGAUGAUUUGGUUCAGCUUGGAGCAUCUUUGAAGCAUGUUCCUUGCGGCGAUUUGGUUAGGCGUGCAGCUCAUUCACAAAAUUACAAGGUGCUUCUAAGUUGGUUGGUUGAUCAUGGUGCUUCUUUUCGCGAGGCUCAAGGUGGUAUCAACAGGCUCUGUUAUGAAGCCUACGAGCAAGGAGACUUUGAAAAAUAUCGCUGGCUGUUCUCAAAAGGAGCGUCUUUGGAAAUCAUGGCAGGAAUGGUCUUUGGUAUCCCUGGUCAAUCAAGAUCGCGUGAAGCUCACCGUCAUCGUCUUCUUUCGCUGAGAUACGCUCUCAGAGAGGGAGUAACGCAUAGCGCCCCCCGUACGGCCUUGCCAGCAGAGAGACCACUUAACCGAAUAGAGCACUUACAUGCUCAAUAUCGUCAAAGACAGCGUGAAACCCGAAGUCGGGAUGCUAUCCGAGCACGAUUUGUGAGACUACAUGAAGAGCAGCAAUCACGAAACCAUUGA